UGCCGCCGCCUGUUCCGGACGCUGCCCGUCUCUGCCUCCUCGGCCCCGCUGCCCGUCCCAGCCCUGCAUCCACUUCUGACCUCUUUUUGUCUCGUCGCGUCGUUCUUCUGGCCGUCUUGUCCCGAGUUUGCGCCUGGGUGAAUUCAAUCUGCUUCGCCUCAGCACCAGAGCACAGCCGUCCAAUUCCAGUCCGCCUCUUCCGGCCCUCGCCUGCCUGUCCCUCAAGCCCAACAUUCUCGCAUCUUCCCUGCCAAAGCCCUCAUCGCCGGCCCCCGACAGUGCACGCCCUCAUCUGCAAGCAAGCCGCCUCCCCGACUGUCAGCCAUUUCUGUCUCCCACCAACCAACCCUCGACUGCCCACCAUGCAAGCCGUUGCGCCCUCUAGUCUCCUCGAGUCCUUGCGUCUGCGGCCCUCGCUGGCCAUCUCGGUCCACAUCAACCAGAUCACAUACCACCUUGGCACCGAGACAGCCAAAGAUACCGAGGCCGCCUAUCUGGACAUGUCCAAGCAAAUCAUAUCCGGAUCCGUGCAGCUCUCAAACACCUCCAACACCCCUGUGCUCUUCCACCAUGCCAACAUUGUGUUGUCUGUCGGCAUCGACUACCAGGAAGGCGUCAAGUCCGGAGCCGUUAUUCCGCCCGAUUCGUUCCAGCUCCCGACCCGCGGAUACCACCUCCAGACGUUCUACACAAUGGACAUCCCCCUCAUGACCGCCGAGGUCUAUCCCGGCUCGCUGCUCCCCAGCGGCAACACCGACUUCCCGUUCGUGCUGUUUGUGCCCCGGACACUCGUUCCUUCGAGCCGCACUCACCCGUCUCUGAGCUACCGCCUGGUCGCCGCUCUCUAUCACGGCGACACCCAGAUUCCGCUCAUGUCCGACCACUCGUUUGCCCCCACGGCCGAAUCGGAGCUGUCCAAGGUCUUUUCGUCCUCCGAGAACCAGCCUGACCUCUCGCAGAUCAUCCUCAAAGCGUAUCCCAUUGAGCAGCAGCUGGAUAUGCAGUGGGAGGUUGCUCGGCAUCAUGUGGCGGAACGCUCGGACGAACUCAUUUUGAUCGCGCAUUCGUUCGUCACCAUUCGACACGUCUUUGGCGAUGGUUGGGCCAUCGGUACUUGCAACAGCAACAUGCGCACCAUCGGCACAUUCCCUCUGAGAGUGCUCGGUCCCCGCAGCAUCGUCGGACUGCGCAUCCCCAACACCGAUAGCAAGAAGAGAACCGUGUCGCUGCAGUUCCAGAAGUUUAUGAAGAUUCCCAAUGUCAAAACCUCGCCCAGCGUCUCCGCUUCGCAGGUCAUCGUUGGCUCUCCCAGCACCAUUAGCCGCCCCAGCACCGACAAACAACACACCUCGCUGUCCUCCGAGGCCACGAAUCAUCUGAAGGAGCUGGAGCUGCUCGAAGACCUCAUGUAUCUCCUGAAAUCUCCGACAUCGACUGCCACCCGCAGCUCGUGCGAGACCGACGACACCAGCACCUGUGACCAGUUCAAUCGGGAGGCGUACGCCGGUCUGAAGCGCUUCACGGCCAAGCGCGAGCAUACUCCGCGGGCUGCUCAUGAACUUCUGAUCGAUAUCGGCGACACCAUCGCCCUCGAGGAAACCUUUGGCGAUGGAUGGGCACGCGGCAUCAACCUGGCCCUGGGCGACUCUGGAGAUUUCCCUCUCAGAUGCAUUGGCCUGGAGCAGGUGAGCCAUCUCAAGUGGAAGGCGCCCAAGGCCGCUGAUGCCCCCCAGUCCUCAAGCGAUCUCCCCCGGGAGCACAGCGCUCGAGAAGGCACAUCGCCCCCGACUCGCAGACGCAGUCUCGCUGUCAAGAAGCUCGCCCCCAUCAACACCAGCGUCGUCCGGAUGGAGUCUGUCAAGUCCAGCGCCGGCAGGCUUGAUUCGGCCACAGCCGAGUCUCCUCGUACCGAGCUCCCCAAGGCCGAGGUCGUCAAGCUGGAUCCAGUCCGAAUGGAGCCCGCCCGCUCGCAGCCUGCAACCUCGACCUACAAAUACACUCCGCUCCAGACACCGACACCGCCCCAGCGACGAUACACCACGACCAAGCCGCCGCCGUUCCUCUCGGUCGUCACCACCCAGCCGCUGCCGCCCAAGAUCGAUACCAUUUACCGGGGCUCGCUCGAUGUCGACAGAUCCAAGCCCCUUAGCAGCCCAACAACCCAAGUGCCCGUCUCGGCCGGCCCCACCAGCCGAAAUCCGUUCAAUUUCCUGAGCCGAUCCAACUCAACCAGCUCCAAACGGAGCCGUCGGUGAAGCACAUGCCGCCGAUAUCCACGGCUUUCUCCAGAGGGCCUGAUUCUUCCCUUCCUUCUUUUCGCUCCCUCAUCUAACGUCUGUCGUCCCCACCCCUUGAUUACCAGUUUACCCAGCUCUCUCUCCUGUCCGAAUUAUGUCGUUGAUUCCCUCGCCCCCUUCCUCCUUCUGCUUACUUACCAGCGCUAUCUCGACUCGCGUGCCAGAUACUCUGCGUCCGCCUGCUAUUUUUGUGUAUAUUUGAUAUUCCAAACCAUUCUAAUUUAUUGGCCCCCCCCAUCUCAUCUCAGUCGGCUGGCAAGGGGCAAGCGUGACUAAGCUGUAUCCUGCUUCGUGCCUCCCCUGUGUAUGUUCAGCAACCGUCACCCAGAGGAAGAAAAUAUCAAAUGGGAUAGCCCUGCU